AUGGUCGUCGGCGCCGGGGCCGGGGGACCAACAGGACCUUCCCCCCCUGCCCCCGUCGCCUCCGCCGCAAUUCUUCCUGGAGGCGACGACGACGACGACGCCGUCGCCGGCGCGGUGGCCAUAGGGCCCCUGAUCUGGGUCGCCCCAUUGGGGCUCCUUCUGGACUUUCAGGUCUUCUGUCACCCCGACCCCAACGACCCGGACUACGACGUCGCCCUCAACGCGGCCAUCGACCGUCUCCGGGAGCUGGGGAGACAGCGCGCCGCCCUUGGCCGCACAGGCCUGGGCCUGGACCGGCAAGACGACGACGAAGAUGAUGAUGAUGACGACGACGACCAAGAGUACGUCGAGGAGGAUGCACGGCGGAACCGUUGGACGGAGACCCGACAGGCUGCCAAACAUGGAUGCCGGACAACGUGGCGCGAACCCCAGCUUUGGGGAGAACAAUCGAUCGACGCGGAAGUCGAUGAAUAA